AUGAACAAUCAACAAGGUUACUAUCAGCAGGGCCCCCCACAACAACAGGGCUACUACCAACAGGGCCCACAACAGCAGGGCUAUUAUCAACAGGGACCUCCUCAAGGCGGGUACUAUCAACAACAACAGCCAAUGUACCAGCAACAACCUCCACAGAAAGAAGAGGCAGGCUGCUGUAAAUGGUGUAUGGGAGCGCUGUGCUGCUGCUGUCUUCUAGAGCUGUGCUGCGGUGAUUAA